AUGCAGGAUAUAUUUAAAACAAACAUAAAAGUUAAACAAGUGUUAGCAGGACAACCCAUAACUAGUGGAGGAUCUAGAUGCAAUUAUUCCUGCGAUAUAGAGAACUAUCACUUGCAUACCUACUGUAAAGCUUGUAAGACAAACUUACCCUACAACACUGUUGAACACGAAUGUGUAAUUGGAUACAAAUUAGGUCAAAUCCAACCAGACAUGGACCCAAGAUAUUUGGAUAAUCAA